AUGAAGAAGCGUGCUGAAUCACCUCAGGAGACAACUGCAGCAGCAAUUGGGCCCCCUGAACUCGCCUUUCUCCCUGGUGUGCCGCGCCCCGAAGGGGGCAUCGACAGCAGCAACAGCAGCAGCAACAGCAGCAGCAGCAGCAGCAGCAGCAGCAGCAGCACCAGCGGCCGCCACCAGGAGUAUCUGGAGACCUGUGCCUCUCCCUUCCUCUCUGAAUACAGGGCAGCCGCCAUUGCUGCCCUCAGUGGCUUCGUAAACUCCGCUCUAGCAGCAGGGGGAGCAGCAGCAGCAACAGCAGCAGCAGUGCCGCAGAGACUCGCAUCCCUUGCUGCUUCAGCUGGCCUGCCUGCUGCUGGUGAACCCGAGGAGGAGGUGCAGCAACAACCGCAGGAGGAGGUCGAGCAGCAGCAGCAGCAGGAGCAGCAGCAGCAGCAGCAGCAGCAGCAGCAGCAGCACUUGAGUUUUGCCGAGUCCCUGCCGUGGCGUUGUCCCUUUCAUCACCCAGAAAGCCAGCAGCGGAGUACAACAACAACAGCAGCAGCAGCAGCAGCAGCAGCAGCAGCAGGUGUAGGGCCUCGACGAGGAAGACACCUGCAUCGUGGCCUCGGUCCUGGGAGCAGCAGCAGCAACCGCAGCAGCAGCCGCAGCAGCAGCCGCAAAGGGCCCCACCGCCGCCACCGCAUUGCAGGCUGGCGCUCAUACAGCUCGCGUCCAUACAGCAGGCCCCGACAGCAGCAACAGCAGCAGCAGCAGCAGCAGCAGCAGCAAGGAGGUCUGUGGUUUGGCGACAUCUCUCUUAGCUUUGGCUGCCCGCUCUGUCUCGCUAUUUCUUUGUCUGCUGCAGCACGAGGCCGUGCGGUGCAUGCAAUAGACACGUGCAUAAGCAGCGUACAGCAGCAGCAGCAGCAGAAGCAGCAGCAGCAGCAGCAACAGCAGCAGCAGCAGCAGACAGCUGCUUCAGCUGGCCUGCCUGCUGCUGGUGAACCCGAGGAGGAGGUGCAGCAACAACCGCAGGAGGAAGUCGAGCAGCAGCAGCAGCAGGAGCAGCAGCAGCAGCAGCAGCAGCAGCAGCACUUGAGUUUUGCCGAGUCCCUACCGUGGCGUUGUCCCUUUCAUCACCCAGAAAGCCAGCAGCGGAGUACAACAACAACAACAGCAGCAGCAGCAGCAGCAGCAGCAGCUGCAGGUGUAGGGCCUCGACGAGGGAGACACCUGCAUCGUGGCCUCGGUCCCGGGAGCAGCAGCAGCAACCGCAGCAGCAGCCGCAGCAGCAGCCGCAAAGGGCCCCACCGCCGCCACCGCAUUGCAGGCUGGCGCUCGUACAGCUCGCGCCCAUACAGCAGGCCCCGACAGCAGCAACAGCAGCAGCAGCAGCAGCAGCAGCAGCAGCAAGGAGGUCUGUGGUUUGGCGACAUCUCUCUUAGCUUUGGCUGCCCGCUCUGUCUCGCUAUUUCUUUGUCUGCUGCAGCACGAGGCCGUGCGGUGCAUGCGAUAGACACGUGCAUAAGCAGCGUACAGCAGCAGCAGCAGCAGAAGCAGCAGCAACAGCAGCAGCAGCAGCAGCAGCAGCAGUCUGUGAGUGAAGAGGCCGAUUGCUUACCAUCGCCCCAAGAAGGGACCCCGCGCCACCCCUACGUUAGUGCUGCGGGGCUGCAGCAGGAGCACGUGCAUCUGUCUCCGCAGCAGCAGCUGGAGCAGCAGCUGCAGCAGCAGCUUGAGCAGCAGCAGCAGCAGCAGCGGCUGAUCGAGGGCCGGCUCUUCUGUGCAGACAACGGAGAAGUGCAGCAGCAGCAACGCAGACACAAAGCCUUUGAUUUAAUUAUUUCAGCUCUGCUGCCGCGGUCUCUAGGCAGCAGCAGCAGCAGCAGCAGCAGAGAUACUCCACACUCUGCUGGCGCUGCAGCAGCAGCAACAGCAGCAGCAGCAACAGCAGCAGACGAGGAAACCCCCAAUAGCCGUAGGGCGCAGUUUGUAUCUUCUCUCCCUUCUCGUGCUCUUGCAUUGGCGGGUGCAGCAGCAGCAGCAGCUUCAGCAGCAGCAGCAGCAGCAGCAGCAGCACCAGCAACACUACGUCGCCGCCACAGUGCCAGCAGCACUUCCACCCCAACUGCCGCCACCCCCAGCACCACCACGAGGCUCUGCUGCCGCGGUCUCUAG